UGUAAAAUUAUAAAAUUAAAUAUUAUGUCCCUUUGACAGAUCUUUCCCUAGACCAUUCUGACCUAGUUGCAGAGUUGUUGAAGGAGCUGUCUAACCAUAAUGAACGUGUAGAAGAAAGAAAAAUCGCCCUCUAUGAACUCAUGAAACUGACACAGGAAGAAUCUUUCAGUGUUUGGGAUGAACACUUCAAAACAAUAUUGCUUUUAUUGCUUGAGACCCUUGGGGAUAAAGAGCCUACAAUCAGGGCUUUGGCAUUAAAGGUUUUAAAAGAAAUCCUAAGGCAUCAACCAGCAAGGUUUAAAAACUAUGCAGAACUGACUGUGAUGAAAACACUGGAAGCACAUAAAGACCCUCAUAAGGAGGUGGUCAGGUCUGCUGAGGAAGCUGCGUCAGUGCUGGCCACUUCAAUUAGUCCAGAGCAGUGCAUCAAAGUGCUUUGCCCUAUCAUACAGACUGCAGACUACCCAAUUAAUCUGGCUGCAAUCAAAAUGCAAACAAAAGUGAUAGAGAGAGUAUCCAAGGAAACCCUUAACCUGCUUUUGCCAGAGAUUAUGCCAGGCCUAAUACAGGGUUAUGAUAAUUCAGAGAGCAGCGUUCGAAAAGCUUGUGUCUUCUGUCUGGUAGCUGUUCAUGCAGUAAUUGGUGAUGAACUAAAACCCCAUCUCAGUCAACUCACUGGCAGUAAAGUAAGUAAUGCUGCAUGGUUAUAGAGAUAGUAGUCAUGGUACUUUAAAACUUAGUUCUGGGGUUAGAGGCAUGGCUCAAGUGGUAGAGCACCUGCCUAGCAAGUGCAAGGCCCUGAGUUCAAGUCCCAGUACAAAAAAAAACCAAAAAGGCAAGGCACAGUGGCUAAGCCUGUAAUUCUGGGUACUUGGGAAGUAGGGUUUAAGAGAGUCAUGAUUCAAGGCCACCCUAGGCAAAAAGUUCUCCAGACCCCCAUCUCUACCAGUGGCUGGGUGGAGUAGUGCGUGCAUGUCAUUCCAGCCAUGCACAGAAGCACAAAUAGAAGGAUCACAGUCCAUGCUAGCCUGGCAUAAAGCAAGACCCUAUUUCAAAG